UUCACUUGUUGAUUACCAACUGUCUAUUGUUGUUUAAAAAUUGUAUUUUUUGAUAUUGUAGUGUUUUAAAAUCUUCUUACAUGAUUAUAUAACCUAAAUGGAGAUUACGAAGUGAUAGAAAAGUAAUUUCUUAAGUGAAAGUCAUCGUAGAAUUGAAUAAAGUAUAUAAUUUUCGAUAGAAACAAAUAAUACUGGGUUUGUGGGUGUUAUCAUGGAAGAAUCAGAGGCGAAGAUAUGUCAAAAUUGCAAACGCGAGAUCCCUGCUGAAAACUUCACUAUCCACUCGGUGCACUGCGCCCGCAACAUCCGCGUGUGCCCCGUCUGCAAGGAGCCAGUGUCCAAUCACGAGCUGCAGGACCACCAUGAGAAAUUUCACAAGCUCCUGCCGUGCAAGCAGUGCGGGGAGAGUGUCUGCGGUACAGACUUGGAGGACCACAUCAGAGAUUCCUGUGGGCACACUGUCAAGUCCUGCAGAUUUUGCGAGUUGGAGUUGCCUCGUCGAGAUCUGCCACCCCACGAGAACUACUGCGGUGUCCGCACUGAACAGUGUCCGGAGUGCAGGGAGUGGGUCAUGAUCAAGUACAAGCAGCUGCAUCUGGAUUCGAACCACGGAUUUUUGCGUCUCGAUGACGAUCCAGCCCCCCAGACCAAGAAAGACGUGCCAAAACCUACCAACAUAUUAAUGCCAGGCCGCCCCUUACUUGCAAACAACAAUAUCAUAAAUGCUACACCAGUCCGCCCACUGUCAACAAACAGUAACAUCACAAAUAAUAACUCCAUAAACGGAUUGAAGGUUACAAAUAUCAGACAAAAUAGAGAGAGGGCCGAGGUUCAAUCUCGGAGCAGUGCAAGUCCGUUCGAAGUCCCAAGCAGUUCUAGAGAUAGUGCUGUCGCUGGUGGAUCAGGUGGUCUGGAUAUCAGGAAGGUUCCGCUGAAGAGGACUAAUGAUCAGCCACAAAUUAACACGGCUGUGGCAGCCACAGAUAAAGUUAAUAAGGACUUACAGAUCUCCCGCGGCGCGAUCAAGAAGCGAGUGGCUCCGAAACCUCCCCCUCCAGACCCCAAGCGCGACCUCCCGUAUUACAAGGCGCUGCAGCGGCAUCAAGACGAGGAACGGCAGCGGCAGGAACAGUCUGCUCUCAAUAUAUCCUUAGGGUUGCCCCCAGUUCUCAGUCCGGCCGCGAAACUUGACAAGUUGCGGAAAAUUGAUGCUUUACAUAAUCGAGAAGUUGAGAGCGUAGACUAUAAGAACAAGUUGCAGGGUCGCGUAUGGUUGAACAUGGACUCGGUCUCCGUUGGCAACCAGCUCGGUAGCAGCAGCUCAGAUCCAUCGAUUGCAAACCGAUUGAACGAGUUCAGGGAUCUUAAACCGAUGAGCCCUCAAGAAUUUACUGAGAGGUCGACGGAGUCGCGAUCUCCCCGGCCCCUAAUGAAGCAGCUGGCCAGCCUGAUAAAGUUCCUGGAGAUGAACCCCGAUGCGGCUAAGGGCCCGUCCGGGAAUGUCAACGCUAAAAUUAGAUGGUUCAAGAAAUGGGAGAAGUUGUCAAAGAGACUGAAUCAGUUAGGUGGCACCACUAAAUCUCCCAAGAAAUGGAUGAAGUAUUGGAUCAAAAUACGAAGUGCUAUUAAAAAAAAAGCUGCCGCUCUAAAUGAAGCUGGAUCUAACACUGACGGUGUCCAGGAUGUAACACAGUUACAGAAGCGAAUAUUGGCUAUAAUUGGGUAUGAUAGCUUCGCUGCAAGCAGUCGACGCCAACCGGACAUUGAUCUAUCACCGCCAAAUACACCACAUGAUGAGAGUAAAUGCAUUAAAAUAGAAAACGAAGAUCCCCAGUCCACUCAGUCACGUGCUAUAACUAUUAAGAAUGAAGAUGUUGACAUGACCAUAACCGUUAAUAGAGAAGCGAACCCGAGUUCGUCGGUACCAUCGACUCGCACCGCAAGACGAACUAGACGCACCGCAGGACGGACUAGACGCACCGCAGGACGGACUAGACGCACCGCAGGACGGACUAGACGCACCGCAGGACGCACUAGACGCACCGCAGGACGGACUACACGCUUGUCUAUAGCACCAAACAAAACACGGGCCAGAUCACUUCAAACAUCAUCUACUUCACGCCGUUCUCAAUACGUGACCAUAACGAAAAAGCUCAUAAGAUUGACAGAACAGCGCUUGGAACUUGAUCGAAGGCUUAUAGAAGCGUUGGAGCGUAGUUCAGAAGGACACCGUAUUACUGCGCAGGCGCAUACAGCCCUGGGAGAAGGAUUCAAGCAGCUCCAAUUGGAUCGUGCGUCUGUCCAGAGUGUUGGGGGUGUUGGGGGGGCGGAGGGGGACGCGGGCGGCGACCGCUUCAACGAGAUCAAGUCCUCGCUGCGGGAGCUGCGCAGGGGGCUCAACGAGGUCACAGCGCCUUAUAAUUCUAAUUCCAACACAACGGUUAAUAACGUUAAUGUCAACCCUCCACCACAACCGCCACGAAGAAUGUGGUCGCAUCCACAGAUAGACGAAGAGCCCCAGCUCCCCCAGGAGGGCGACUCGGAUGUUCAGCUCCCGUGCGAGUUCUGCGACACGCUCGUGCCCGCGGACCGCCUCGUACUCCAUCAGACGGGAUGUCGGCCGGACCUGGCGCAACUUCGGCCCCGCGUGCCAAAAGUGCGGCGUAACAUCACCCCCACGCCUGCACCCCCGCCCCAAGAUAUCGAUCCGCCCGUCAUCCCCUGCGAGUUCUGUACUGAGUCGCUGCCUGUCUACCUUAUCAGUGAACAUCAGGAACGUUGUCGAAGAGAAUCCAAUUUACUGUAUCCAGACUGAAAAGCGUCUUCCCACUGCACUUUAAUAAGUAUUUUUAAUGUAAGAAAAUAGAAUGGUUCACCCGCCUGCACUAAUGGUAUACGCCGGCGGGACACCAGUGGAGGAU